AUGACGGUGAUGGCGAUAAUAUAUCUUACUUUUGUUGUUGAGGAACUUGAUGUUCCAUUUCAGUUGAGUAUAACGCCCUCAACUCUACAAAUUGUAGGGCAUUGUGAUGGGAUCAUUUGUCUAAGAAAUAAUAUCAUUGAUGUCUUGUGCAAUCCCGCAAUUAAAGAACUCAAAGUUCUUCCAGAGUCUUGUGUCCUUUAUGAUCUCCCUCCUAGAGCUGAAGAUGAGGAUGAUUAUACUGCACCACGGUCAUUUACAGUUUCUAUGGGAUUUGGCCUAGAUUCCAUAGCAAAAGAGUACAAGAUUGUUAGACUUGUUGAAACAAUUUCGGGUAUUUGUACUCCACAUCCUACAAGAGCAGAAGUAUACACCAGGGGUGCUAAUUCUUGGAGAGAGCUCGAGAAUGUUGAUAUAGGAUGCGACGUCCGUUGGGCUCCUUCUUGUGUCUUGCACUUCAAGGGAAUUUGUUACUGGUGGGCAUCUGAUCCAACAGAUAAGGAACUCGUCCUUAUAUUUGAUACGAGUGACGAGCUAUUUCAUCAGAUACCGGUUCCAGAUUGUUUUCAAUUUUAUAACGAUGUACGUUAUAGGAGCCUUGCUGUGUUGAAAGAUUCCAUUGUUCUUUUGACUUAUGAAGUAGGUGAUGAAGUUCCAAAAACUUUUGAUAUAUGGAUGAUGGAUGAGUCGACAGGUGUUAAGGGUUCAUGGAUAAAAUACCUGACAUUCGGACCGGUGGAAGGGAUCAUAAAUCCACUAGUAUUUUGGAACAGUGAGGGGUUUCUAAUGGUUAGCAAUGAGAGUCGUGUAGUUUCUUAUAACAUAGGUACCAGAAAAUUUCACCGUUUUCCCAUUCAAGGUGUGGAAGGCGCGCUCUAUUUGCAAGCUGUUAAUUAUGUAAAUAGUGUUAUUUCUAUCAAAGGAGACUGCAAGCAUGAGAAUGCGAGAUAG